UCCAACGUAUGAAAAUUCCUACCCUUAAAUGACUCUUGCUUUUGUAGAUUAGAGAAUCUGAUAGCUUUGUACUCUCUCAACAAAGUGUUUUCCUUUUUUCAUCGUCAAGUACAGAACACACCUUAAAUGAUUUGUUGGAUCAUUACCCAUCUGUAAUACUAGAAAUCCAUAUGAAUUGAGAUGUUUUUUUCCCUCUCUUUUACAUCACUGCAAGAAUUGGUUUAUGGAGAUUUGGAUGAUCAUUCAAGACAUGGGCAAGCAAGCAAAAAAAAAAAUACAAACAAAUGAAAAUGGGGGGACCUUAUGUUGCUUUCUAUUUAAAGCUAUGAAAGAAUGAUACCCAAUGGAUUAGUCUCUCACCUUCAUCUCUCCCAAGCAAACCAUUCCCCCCUAAGUCCCUAACCUUACAUUUCUCCAUUUCCCCCCUUUAUAUAUUUCAUAUAUCCCUUUUUUCUUCUUCUCUCUACUUCUUGUACUUUUGGUCUCACCUUUAGAUCAUAUAAAGAAGGGAGAAACCAAAUCAAAACAAUGUUGGGAGAUCUUGUCUCUCCGGAAAGUUCUUCAUUGAGCUCCAUGGGCAUGUCUGUACUUGAAAGGUUCGAAUGGCUGCAACAGCAAGUGGUGUCUCAGGACAGCAACAGCAAUAAGUACAGUACUUCACCUGAACUUGUUCAGAUGCUUCAGUUCCAUGCUCCAGAUGGAGGAGAGCUCAGAAGGGCCGAGGAUUGUUUGGGAAACAAUGACGAGUUGCAGAGUUUCAGACAUUUUCCAAUGGCUGGGACAGUUUUUGGAUCGAACUAUAACGUGGGUUUUGUUCCAGAACAUGAUGCCGCCAUUGAUGGAUGCAUUUCAAGGACUAGUAGCUGCCAAAUGGAACCAUUAGACACAGCUGUGGUUGUGUUGAAUAAGAAAGAAGAAACCAGAGGAACGUCCUUGAACAAGAGAAAGUCCGAGGUUAAGCCAAGGGAAGAAAACACAGACAAGAAGAUCAAAAUGGAGGCAGAAACAGAAUCAAGCAUGAAAGGAAAAUCGAGCACUAGCAACACAGAAGCGUAUUCAGACACAUCGAAGGAAACUUCCAAAGUUUCAGAGAUACAAAAACCGGAUUUCAUCCACGUGAGAGCUCGGCGUGGGCAAGCUACUGAUAAACACAGCUUAGCAGAAAGGGCGAGAAGGGAAAAGAUCAGCAAGAAAAUGAAAUUCCUUCAGGAUCUCGUCCCGGGUUGCAGCAAGGUCACGGGCAAAGCUGGCAUGCUUGAUGAGAUCAUCAACUAUGUCCAAUCUCUGCAACGACAAGUCGAGUUCUUGUCGAUGAAACUCGCUGUCCUAAACCCAGAUUUAGAAUUUGACGUCGAUGACAUAACCGGAAAACAGGUAACAUCACUAAAAUCAAGAUUCACAAUCAAAGAAUCAUCUGGAAAUUGCCGUUUCGUGUUUGAAUCAUUUUAUGAGGAAAAAAAAUGGUUUCAGGGUUAUUUCACAGGUCUUCUUCUUCCCCCGACGAGAUCGAAGCCAUCAGUAAUGGCGGGUCUGGCGUCGUUUCCGUUACACCAUCAAGGAUCUCUCGAUUUCCCCAACCAGACACCAUCUCUCAACGCUGCAAUCUCUCAAGACACAUCUACCUUCGGCUUCCAUUACUGUUGAACCAUCGAACACAAUAUGUGAUAUAUAUACACACACAUAUACAUCAUUAUUCAGAUCAGUCAAUUCCGUUACAUUUUCAUCAGCUUCUUCAAAAGUAACAAGUUCGUUAAGGCUGAAGGAUCGGAACCAAUCCAAUGCGUCGAUCUAUAUAUAUACAUACAUAUAUAUAUAUAUAUAUUAUAGGACAGAUAUCUAGAAGAAAAGAGAGAUUCUGUGGUGAUAACAGCUCCUUGUUGCAGACACAACAUCUGCACAGUUUCUAUCAUUACUAUUCAAUUUUAUCUUCUCUCUUCACCAACCUGUAGAUUCCCAUUUUUGUAUAAUAAUACCCCAUUGUUCUUAAUGGAUGUAUCCAUCAUUAAUGACC